CACAGGUGUGUCCUACAUUGUGUUUUUUUCCAUAUUUUUUUUGUGAAUAGUAGAUUAUUUUGAAUUCAUUCAUUAUUCAAGUAGGGACGUGUCGAUGAGGCAAUGUUUUUUACUCGCUGUACGAGAUCUGCACUUUAGUCUUUAAUAAGAAUUCCCAGUGUGAGCAGUGAUGCCAAGGAAAAUCAUGAAAAUGCAUGUUUUGGGAGAAAUCAUUCAUUACCCAGGAAGUGUGCCUAAGGCUCACAGGAGAAAACACCGUGGUGGCAGUGAUGAUGGUGGUGGUGAGAAGGCCAAAGCCCAGGUUCCUGUUUCAAGUGUUGGAGAGGAGAGGGCAGUGCUUCUUGGUUUCAUCAUGAUGGCCUUCUCCAUCCUCAUGUACUUUGUAGUGGGGAUCAAUGUAGUAAAGCCGUGUAUCCACAGUGACUGGGGCGAUGUCACUAAUUGCUCGCUGAUCCGGGCCGAGUUUCUAAAUGAGUCUGAAGAUCGAGGCUUCAGUUAUCCAUGUCUGCAGGUCCUGGUGAACGUCACAACUGCAGCAUCUGACAAAACAUUGCACCUUCGCUACGAUGAAGCAGCCGUCAACCUGAGCCCAGAGUGUUUCUACACCCCAAGAAAACACCAAAACAAAUCUGACAUGGUGAGAGAGGCCCAAAAUAUCAAAGACUCCCUGUGUGAUCGGCAAGGCCGGGAUAUAGGCUGCCACCUGAGCAGCAGGCGUUACCCAGAGGAUGCCAUCCUGACCAAGCGGCACAACCUUCACACGGCGCUGCGAUGCCUUUUGUGGCCGAGCCUCAUGAUGUUCGGAGGGGUGUUGCUGAUCGUUUUGGUCAUGCUCACGCAGUUCCUUUGUCAGUUGUGUAACGAAAUGAUCCAAGCAGAAGAAGAAGAAAUGGAGGAUGGGCAAAGCACAGUGGGGUACAACAAACUCUACCAAUUUCUACCUUGCAGACCUUGGAGUCCCAGCUUAGAGUAGAAACAUUAAGGCAGUCAACCGACAUUAGUGUCGACAAUAAAAUUAUACUCUGGUGGUUAAAAGCUUGGACCUAGCAAUCAAAUCCAAGGACUGCUCUAAAAUUCUUUACUACAUCAUCUUGAUUUAGUGAAAGAACCUUGUGUAAUGAUUAUGGUCCUGACUUGCAGGAGGUUCGGCAGCAGGUUACCGUUGUCGACUCACAGUUGCUAAAACAUCCAGUGAUGGGGUCAAAGUUGUAUAGAGGAGGAAGAUCCAUCUAGCAAAUGAUGCAGAGCCACAAUAGAUAGAGUUUGGACCUCCUUCAUCUCUCAAGCUCUACUUUGUUUGGUGUUUUAAUAUACAGAAUAUUUAUUGUCUGGGGAUAAAAUUUUAUCAUAACAUGAUGGAAAGAUCAGAUGUACAGAUAUGUGUGUAACUGUUUGUUUUUUGUUCUUUAUGUAACAUUUUUGUGGACUCACUGGGCAAUUCCAAAAGACUUCCAAAAUUUUGGCAAUUUGCAGCCCAGUAGUUUACAAGGCCAAGUGCAUAUGGUCACCUCUGCAACUUUUGGAGAGCACUGGUGACCAUUUUUUGUUGUUGUACUUGAGACCCAAAAGCUACCAAACACCAAUAGCCUCAGCUCUGAUAGUAGGACAAUUCUGUAAGAGUAACUCAUACUAUAAAGGGCUAUCUAUGCACUAUUAAGAUAUA